AUGGAGCCCGAAUUUGUGUGCUUUCAAAAACAGCUCUCAAAUACGGAUGUCAGUCGCAACCUGGAAAUACCCAACAGGGCACCUUUUUUGCCGGCCGGACAUGGGGUCAUGCUUGUAACUGACCGAGAAGGAAACAUAUAUGACUUCGUAGCAUCAGUAAGGGCGGAUGGGAGGCGUUCGCUGAAGCGUGACUGGUGUUUUUUUGCAGAGAAAAAGCAUCUUCGAGCCGGAGAGUUCAUAAGGAUUUAUUGGUCAGGGAAUGGGAAUCAAUAUCGUGUGCAGGCUGGCCUGGAACUCCAUGGAUACAUAGUCUGGGAAACACUAUAA